AUGUUGCUUCCAGAUCCCAUGUCAACACCAAGUCCUCAGUUGCUGGUGGCAGCUGCUCAGCGGACCCUGAGCGUGGGAAAGAGACGGGGCCCAGCCCGGGCUGUCUGCCUUCACCUAGCUGGAGAGGUCCUGGCCGUGGCCCGGGGACUGAAGCCAGCUCUGCUCUAUGAUUGCAACAGUGCAGGGACAUCGGAGAUCCAGAACUACCUGGGGGAGCUGCAGGGCCUGGGCUUCCUAACCAAGGGACUUCACAUCCUUGACAUUGGAGGCAACAGCCUGAUCAUCAUACCUGAACAUGUAUGUCAGCACCUGCAGCAGGUGCUGCUUGGUGCUGUAGCCUUUGUGGAUGUUUCCAGCUCCCAAGCUCAUCCUUCUGUCUGCUCCCUGGACCAGCUUCAGGACUUGAAGUCCCUCGUAGCCAAGAUCAUCACCCAUCUGCAGGGGUUGCAGAGGGACCUCUCCCUGGUUGUCUCCUGCAGCAGACUCUGCUCCUCAGACUGGAAUCUCUGUACUGUGUUCGGGAUACUCCUGGGCUACCCUGUUCCCUAUACCUUUCACCUGAACCAGGGAGAUGACAACUGCUUGGCCUUGACCCCACUACGGGUAUUCACUGCUCGGAUCUCAUGGCUUCCUGGUCAGCCCCCAGUCUUGCUCUAUUCCUUUAGUGUCCCAGAGAGCUUGUUCCCAGCCCUGAGAGACAUUCUACACACCUGGGAGAAGGGCCUUAGGACUCGAUGCAGGGCUCAGAAUGACUUUACUGACCUCAGCAUCUCCUCUGAGAUAGUCACCCUGCCAGCUGUGGCCCUCUGA